UGCAGCUGCCCCUCCCGGGGGCGUCUCCACCGCCGAGGCGCGCCCGCAGGUUCGGCUCAACUCAAGUAUGACAUGCCCCGCGGGCUGGGCUUUCGCGGGCGCGGCCUGGCGCGGGCACACGCGGCGGGCGAACGAGAGCCGGACCGGGCCGGCCUUCCUCCCUCCCUGCGGCCCCCGGGCCUCGGCGCCCCACAGGCGCAGUGUAAGGCCUCGGCCGGCGGCGCGCGCUCUCUCUCGGGGACCCGCGGCGCACCAGCUUCCAAUCGCCGCCGCCCGCGCGCAGGCGCACUCGCCGACGGCGCCACGCCCCUCCUCUGACGUCACGCUGCCCCCGGAACGGACAGUGGGCGGCGCCCUGUCACGUGACGGCGGACGGCGCGCCUCAGCCGGCGUCGCCACGCAGCGUCUCGCCGAGGCCCCGCCCCGACGACACGUCACCGCAGACGCCAGGCGGGCGCCGCCAUGUCGGGGGGCCUCGCCGCGGGCGCGCAGGUGUCUUCAUAAGAUGCCGGCUCGGCGGCGGCGCCCGGCGUCCCCCCCCCCAAGAUGGCGUCCAUGCGGGAGAGCGACACGGGCCUGUGGCUGCACAACAAGCUGGGCGCCACGGACGAGCUGUGGGCGCCGCCCAGCAUCGCGUCGCUGCUCACGGCCGCGGUCAUCGACAACAUCCGCCUCUGUUUCCACGGCCUCUCGUCGGCCGUGAAGCUCAAGCUGCUGCUCGGGACGCUGCACCUCCCGCGCCGCGCGGUGGACGAGAUGAAAGGCGCCCUGGCGGAGAUCAUCCAGCUGGCCGCCCUGGACUCGGACCCCUGGGUGCUCAUGGUCGCCGACAUUCUCAAGUCCUUUCCCGACUCGGGCUCGCUUAACCUUGAUCUUGAAGAGCAGAACCCCAACGUUCAGGAUAUUCUGGGAGAACUUCGAGAGAAGGUGACCGAGUGCGAGGCGUCCGCCAUGCUGCCUCUCGAGUGCCGGUACUUGAAUAAAAGCGCCCUGACGACCCUCGCCGGCCCCCUCACCCCCCCGGUGAAGCACUUCCAGCUCAAGAGGAAACCGAAGAGCGCCACGCUCCGCGCCGAGCUCCUGCAGAAAUCCACAGAGACCGCCCAGCAGCUGAAGAGGAGCGCGGGGGUGCCCUUCCACGCCAAGGGCCGGGGGCUGCUCCGGAAGAUGGACACCACCACCCCGCUCAAAGGUAUCCCGAAGCAGGCGCCCUUCCGCAGCCCCACGGCCCCCAGUGUCUUCAGCCCGGCUGGGAACCGGACCCCCAUGCCCCCCUCGAGGACGCCUCUGCGGAAGGAGAGGGGCGUGAAGCUGCUGCACAUUUCUGAGCUGGAUACGGUCGGUGCCGGCCGAGAGGCAAAGAGGAGAAGGAAGACGCUGGACACGGAAGUGGUGGAAAAGCCGGCCAAGGAGGAGACGGUCAUCGAGAACGCCACCCCCGACUACGCAGCCGGCCUGGUGUCCACACAGAAACUCGGGGCUCUGAACAGCGAGCCGUCGCUGCCCUCCACCAGCUACCUGCCUGCCACCCCCAGCGUGGUCCCCGCCUCCUCCUACAUCCCCAGCUCCGAGACGCCGCCAGCAGGCCUCACUGUGCUUACAGCCCCACCUUCCCGGGAAGCCAGCCGGCCCCCCGAGGAGCCCAGCACCCCGAGCCCUGCCCUGCCAGCACAGUUCAAGCAGAGGGCACCCAUGUACAACAGCGGCCUGAGCCCAGCCACACCCACACCCACGCCUGCGGCGCCUGCCUCACCUCUGACGCCCACCACACCCCCAGCUGUCACCACUGCUGCCCAGGCACCUCCAGUGGCCAUGGUGGCCCCACAGACUCAGCCCCCUGCCCAGCAGCAGCCCAAGAAGAAUCUGUCCCUCACGAGAGAGCAGAUGUUUGCCGCGCAGGAGAUGUUCAAGACGGCCAACAAGGUCACGCGGCCUGAGAAGGCCCUCAUCCUGGGCUUCAUGGCCGGCUCCCGAGAGAACCCGUGCCAGGAGCAGGGGGACGUGAUCCAGAUCAAGCUCAGCGAGCACACGGAGGACCUGCCCAAGUCGGACGGCCAGGGCAGCACCACCAUGCUGGUGGACACCGUCUUCGAGAUGAACUACGCCACAGGCCAGUGGACGCGCUUCAAGAAGUACAAGCCCAUGGCCAACGUGUCCUAGGGCCGCCCGCCCUGCCCCCGCGGCACAGGCCCCGAGGGCGAGGCCCUGGCUUCCGAGGGGCAGGCCUCCGCCGUGCUGCCGAGCCCCGCCUCGCUCUCGGGGUGUUUUAGACUGAUUUUUUAAGUUUUAAGAUGGGUUACUUUUUGUGUGAUCUAAGUCACUUUUUUGGAUUCAAUAUUACAUUUUUGAAUGUUAAAGUUAACCAAAAAAGUUCUAACUUCCUAAUUUUAGUGACAGCUCUGCCUGUUAUAGACUUUUACUUUUUUAUUUUUCUUAAAUUCCAUUGCCCUCGAGGUUGAGGGGACCAAAGGGGGGCCAGGCGGGCUGAGAACAGGGUGGGGACAGGCUGCUGAGGCCGAGCCACACUCCCGCCCAAGGUUUUCUAGUCUUUUGUACAGUCGUGAGCAUUUGAGACCAGCCUCCGGGCACCUGUGUUCAUUGUACAAACUACCUGAGUGAUUAAAGUUUAGCUUUUCUACAGGAA